GUACUCCAAAUCCGAUUCGAGUCCGCAAUGCGUAGUGUGACACGGGCUUUAUGAUGUCAGUGGUCGGGUGUCGGGUCGGACUUUUCGAGUCGUAACGGUCGAAGUAACACCUGUACAUCUCUCUUUUAUUCUACUUAAUUUGAUAAAGAUUCAUACAGAUCACAUUAUAAAUCAAUAUGUUUUGGGCAUUGAUAUUGGAACCGUACAAACGAUACACGCAGUGUGUAAGACAUACAUUCCAUGUGACCAUGGCGUGUUUGGAUCUGUCGCUAGCACGUGAACCAGUACAGGUAAUGGUAAAAUGCAACAACAAAAGCUUUUUGCUUUGCACCUUAAACAAGGACAAGUUCCAAACAUCGCUCGAUCUAAUUUUUGAAAAGGGAGAAAAUAUAACUUUUUUCUGCAAUGGCCAAGGUUCCGUACAUAUGACUGGAUAUCUGUUGCCAAAUGAAAAUAUAGAUUCAGAUUCUGAAGAAGAGAUUGAGGAAGAAGAGGCAGAAGAGCAAGAAGAAGAAGUAAGACUAAAUACAAUACCUGAAAAGUCCUUAAAGAGAAAGAUAGAAUCGCCAAAAAACAAGAAAAAACCAAAGCUAGCUAAACAAGAACCUUUCGAAAGUAAUAAUUGGGAUGAUGAUGAUGAUAAUGAGGAAAAUAAUAGCUCUUUGGAAGAAGAUUCGGAUAACGACGAAGAUAUGGAAGAUGAGGAAGAUGAAAAUGACAAUGAUGAUGAGGAGGAGGAGCAAGAACAUGAACAUGAAGAAUUUACAAAGCCUCAAAAACAUGAGAAAAAGGAGACGGAGAAUCAACGGCAAAAUCAGCAAAAAAAAACACAUGAUAAGCAAAAUAAAAUAAAUGGGGAAGAAAUUAAACAAGAACAGCAAAGUAAGAAACAAAAAAAGAAAGCCGAACAGCAAAAGAAUAAUCUAAUUGAAGCGAAAAAGAGAAUCAUUGAGGGUGGUGUGCAAGUGGAAGAUACAAAUCCUGGUAAUGGUGCACUCGCAACAAGUGGCAAACUUGUUACAGUUUAUUAUGUGGGUCGCUGUAAAAUAGGGAAAGAAGAAAAGAAAGUUGAUUCGUGUACGCAAGGAAAUGGUUUCAAAUUCCGCCUUGGUAAAGGACAAGUAAUCAAAGGAUGGGAUGUGGGAAUCCCUGGAAUGAAAGUUGGUGGGAAACGCCGUCUCACGAUACCGUCUAAUAUGGGGUAUGGAUCUAAAGGCUCUCUUCCCGCAAUCCCUGGAAAUAGCACACUUGUAUUCGACAUCGAACUUAAGAACGUUAAUUAAGUAUUAAUAAUGAAUCUAGUAUUUACUAUAUAUGAUAAGAAAGCUCUUUAACAUGUUCUUGUACCUUUACAUUUCAAAAAUAUAAUUUUGUUAUUGCAUGUCACCAUACACAUACAUUUCAGAUUAUUUUUAUUUAAAACUCGACAAAUAUCUCUUAAUGGAUAAAUAAAUAAGAUACAGAGAAAGGAAAGAUGUAAUAAAAUUCAUAUAAAUUGUAUAAUUUUUCUUUAAAUGGGACGUGCGAGUUAAAUAAUGUGAAUUUCUUUUUUAUUGCACAAGAUAUUUUUUUACAAAAUUCCUGAGAAUCUACACCGAUUUAAUAUGAAGCAUUAACACAAAAUAAUAAAACAGUUUGUAAAUCAAAAA